UCUUUAUGCCCCGCCCUCUCCUCGCAGGCGCUCACUCUGACUCCCCCGCGCCAGGCUUCCUGUUAAAGAUGGCGUCCCCCGUGGCAGCGCAGGCCGGGAAACUUCUGCGAGACCUAGCUCUCCGGCCGCAGUUCCUGGCCGCCAGGUCCCAGGCAGUUCAGUUAACCUCUAGAAGAUGGCUGAACCUGCAGGAAUACCAAAGCAAGAAGUUGAUGUCUGACAAUGGAGUGAGAGUUCAAAGAUUCUUCGUCGUAGACACUGCGAAUGAAGCGCUGGAGGCUGCCAAGAGACUAAAUGCUAAAGAAAUUGUUUUAAAAGCCCAGAUCUUAGCUGGAGGACGAGGCAAAGGUGUCUUCAAUAGCGGUUUAAAAGGAGGUGUUCAUUUAACAAAAGAUCCUAAAGUUGUGGGACAGCUGGCUAAACAGAUGAUUGGAUAUAAUCUAGCAACAAAACAAACUCCAAAAGAAGGUGUGAAAGUUAAAAAGGUGAUGGUUGCUGAAGCCUUGGACAUUUCCAGAGAAACCUACUUGGCAAUUUUGAUGGACAGGUCCUGCAAUGGCCCUGUGCUAGUGGGCAGUCCCCAAGGGGGUGUUGACAUUGAAGAGGUGGCAGCUUCGAAUCCAGAACUUAUUUUUAAGGAGCAAAUUGACAUUUUUGAAGGUCUGAAGGACAGUCAAGCUCAGCGGAUGGCGGAAAAUCUAGGUUUCCUUGGGCCUUUGAAAAACCAGGCUGCAGAUCAAAUUAAGAAGCUGUAUAAUCUCUUCCUGAAAAUUGAUGCUACUCAGGUGGAAGUGAAUCCCUUUGGUGAAACUCCAGAAGGACAAGUUGUCUGUUUUGAUGCCAAGAUAAACUUUGAUGACAACGCAGAAUUCCGACAAAAGGACAUAUUUGCUAUGGAUGACAAAUCAGAGAAUGAGCCCAUUGAAAAUGAAGCUGCCAGAUACGAUCUAAAAUACAUAGGCCUGGACGGGAACAUCGCCUGCUUUGUGAACGGUGCUGGGCUCGCCAUGGCUACUUGUGACAUCAUUUUCCUCAAUGGUGGGAAGCCAGCCAACUUCUUGGAUCUUGGUGGUGGCGUAAAGGAAUCUCAAGUAUAUCAUGCAUUCAAAUUGCUCACAGCUGAUCCUAAGGUUGAAGCCAUCCUUGUCAACAUUUUUGGUGGUAUUGUCAACUGUGCCAUUAUUGCCAAUGGGAUCACGAAAGCCUGCCGUGAGCUAGAACUCAAAGUACCCCUGGUGGUCCGGCUUGAAGGAACCAAUGUCCAAGAAGCUCAGAACAUACUCAGUAACAGUGGCCUCCCCAUUACUUCAGCUGUGGACCUGGAGGAUGCAGCCAAGAAAGCAGUGGCCAGCGUGGCAAAGAAGUGACAUCUUCAUUCUGCUCCUCGGGGAAGGAAGUCAUUUUUCCAUAAGAUAGCGAUGGUUCUUUUAUCACUGUGAAAGAAAUGGUUUCUCAUUGGGGAAAAAAAAUGAGAGAGAAAAUGAACAAGAGUCACUGUAUGAAAAAUCCUAAAUCUGCCUUUUCUGGAGUUGGAUAUCUCAGUGGCCUAAAUCUGAUAUUACUUAUAGUCUUUAUAAAAAAUAAUAUCCUGUGUUUUUGGAUUUUUCUAUCAUAACCUUCUCAGUAGUCACUAUUUUGCCAACUUUGGGGGUACAGUCUGUAUGACCAAACUAAUGUGCAUAGAUACAGAUUUUUAAAUCAAGCCCUGAUUGAGGUAUAAGAAUAUCGGUGGACAUCUAAUCCAAAAAAAAUGAUAAAAACAUGGGCGGUAAAAACCUCAGACAAAAUUACAUUUAACAUAUUAACUACCAAAAAGGCAGUUAAGAUAUUGAAGCGAACAGCUAUUUCGAAUGGCAGCAGUUUUGACAAGAUUCUAAUUCCAGCCUAUAUUUGGGAAAUCUCUGUAUUUAUCAAAAUAUAUUUUAUAAGGUAAGAUCCACAUUAAUAUACUACACAUAUAUUUUACCGUUUGCCUUAAUAUUGAAUCUACUGUUUACCUCACACUAAAAAUAAAGCCAGAAGCCUUAUUUGGGAUUUUGGAAAAGAAGGUUCUAUUUUAAAGUCAAAACUGAAGAAUGCUAAUCUCUUCUGGAAAUCUCUGUGAAUCAUUUCAAGAUGAGACAACAUUGAAGAUCAAAGUAUGUUGAGUGUCAUUUUUCUUCCCUCCUUAAUCUGCCCUGUAACCGAACCUAUCAGCUUGCGGUAGAAAGGUGGGAAAAUGUAAUUGAGGGAAAUGUUGCCUUUAUCUAUAAUGUCCAUUUCUGUGGUAGGAAAGAAUUUGAAUUAGGAUUUUGUUUAAGUUUUGUUAAAUUUUUUAUCUGUAUACAAAUUUAAAUAAAAUUCUAUGUUUUAUAAGCUCUAA